AUGCAAAUAAAUUAUACGCAAUUGCUUAUAAAGAUGCACUACUUCUUUUUUCUAGGAAGUGCAGGCCCUGUUUUCCCAUUUCUACAAGUCUACGGAAAACAACUUGGUAUUUCACCAUUAAUUAUUGGUAGCAUCAACGCAAUUUUGCCAAUAUUAACUUUAAUAGCAAAACCAAUAUUUGGUUUCAUCAUGGACUAUUUUCAAACAUGGAGGAAAGUGAUUUUUCUAUCAUUGCUUGUUAUUGCAAAUAGCUGUUAUGCUAUAAUACUUUUUUUACCACCAUUGCCGGGUCCAAUUUUAUCUGAAAAUCACUUUCAAAAUGUAUCUUGUGAAACUUUACCACAUUGCAAUAUGAAAUAUCAUGCAUCAGCAAUUGCAUCGUGUAACGGUAUGAAAGACACUACAUGUCAUUGGAUAUGUGAAAAUACGAAUUUUUCUAUGCAAUUGUCUUUUCAUGGAAACCAAAACAAAGCAAUUAUUUCACCAGAUACUACAUGCUUAUUAAAUAUAAAUGAGAUAUCAUUGUGUCAAGGAAAUUUAACGAACAAUUAUAAUUGUAACGUUACUUGUGACAAUUUCAAAUAUGAACAAUGUCUGUAUACAUCUAUAAUUUUUUGGAGUUUUGUUCUUUUAAUGUGCAUUGGCGAAAUUGGUUUUUUUGUUUUCAUCAGUAUAAGCGAUGCGUUUUGCUUUGUCAUAUUAGGGCAAGAUAAACGGUUGAAAUAUGGUAAGCAGCGAUUAUGGGGUGCAAUGGGUUACGGUGUUGUUGCAUGUUUAUCUGGAUAUAUGGUAGACUUAUGGUCAUACGACAAAGUCUACAAAAAUUAUAUACCGUCAAUGCUUCUUAUGCUGGUAUUUACUUGCAUCGAUUUAAUUUGCUGUAUAAAACUGGAGCUACCAUUUCAAUCAGAAUCGACAACUAUAUUAAAGGAUGUGUUUACACUUUUGAAAUCAAAAUCAAUCGUUAUAUUUUUGUGUUUUUCUGCAUUUAUCGGCAUCCUUAAUAGUAUCAUGCGUAAUUUUUUGUUGUGGUAUGUAGAAGAUCUCUCUAUUAUGACUGGUUAUAUGGACAGAAUUAAAUCUAUAGAAGGUUUGAUUGUAGCGGCACAGAGUUUCAGUGGUGAAGUAAUAUUCUUCUUUUUAUCUGGCAAAAUAUUAAAGAAGCUCGGCUACGGUUAUACUUUUACAUUAUGUUUCAUAUGUUACGCACUUCGGUUGGGCUUAAUAUCUGUAGCGCCAACGCUGUGGUGGGUUCUUCUUAUAGAAUUUUUCAUGCAGGGACCAUCGUAUGCACUCAGUUUUACAACAGUAGUAGCGUACGGGAACGUAAUAACACCCACUGGUGCCUCAGGUACCGUUCAAGGACUGGUUCAAGGCAUGAUUGAUGGUUUAGGAUUCUCGGUUGGUAGUUUGGUAGGUGGUAUCUUAUUUAAAAAAUUUGGCGGUACAAUGACGAUAAGAAUAUUUUCAGUAUUUGCGGCAUUUUCUGCAUUAACAUAUUUUAUACUUUACAUUUUAUAUUUGAAGCGUAAAACAGUAGAUACACGAAAUAAUAUUAAAUGGAGGGAACUUGACAAUGCACGGAAACAUUGUACUGUAGCAGAUACUUGA